CUGCCCUGGUGAGUCCCUGAAGUGAAAGGGGGCCGCUGGGCCCUCAGGUUCCCCAGACUCAGACUUCCAGCGCCGAGAAAGGACUUGGACGGUAGAGGUGCGGCCUAUUUCAGCUUUCACCUCACGGCCACCUCCUAAGGACACCCAUCAUGGAAAAAACAAUAGAAGAUCCCCCCACAUCAGCUGUCUUGCUCGAUCGUUGUCAUUUCUCUCAGGUCAUCUUUAAUAGUGUGGAGAAGUUCUAUGUCCCUGGAGGGGACAUCACAUGCUAUUAUACCUUCGCCGAGCAUUUCAUCCCCCGUCGAAAGGACUGGAUUGGCAUCUUUAGAGUGGGAUGGAAGACAACCCGUGAAUAUUAUACCUUCAUGUGGGUUGCUUUGCCUAGUGACAUAAACAACAAAUCAGCCAAACAGCAGGAAGUCCAAUUUAAAGCUUAUUACCUGCCUAAGGAUGAUGAGUAUUACCAGUUCUGUUAUGUGGAUCAGGAUGGUGUGGUCCGGGGAGCAAGUAUCCCUUUCCAGUUCCGUCCAGAAAGUGAGGAGGACAUCCUGGUUGUUACUACUAAGGGAAAGGUAGAAGAGAUUGAACAGCACAACGAGGAGCUUUGCAAAGAAAACCAGGAACUGAAGGACAGCUGUGCCAGCCUCCAGAAGCAGAACUCAAGCAUGCAGGCUGAGCUCCAAAGGAAGCAGGAGGAGCUGGAGACUCUACAGAGUAUCAAUAAGAAAUUGGAACAGAAAGUGAAAGAGCAGAAAACCUGUUGGGAAACUGAGCUGCUUCAACUGAAAGAACAUAACCAGAAAGUGUCCUCAGAAAAUGAGAAGAUGGGAAUCAGAGUGGAUCAGCUUCAGGCCCAGCUGUCAACUCAAGAGAAGGAAAUGGAAAAGCUUGUUCAGGGAGAUCAAGAUAAAGCAGAACAGUUGGAACAUCUGAAAAAGGAAAAUGACCAACUCUUUUUCAGUUUGACUGAACAGAGGGAGCAACAGAAGAAGCUCCAGCAGAUAGUGGAGGAUAUGAAGCAGAAAGAAACUACUGCAGCGAAGAAACAACAGGAGUUAAUGGAGCCUAGGAACAAGAAAACAACAGUGGAGGAGCAGUUAGUACAAGAGGUGGAACGCCUAAAGGCAAAGGUAGAGGCCGGGAAAGCCUGUUUCUUAGAGAAGUACAAAGAGUGCCAACGACUCCACAAACAGAUCAGGCAACUCAGGGCUGCUGCACUGGAUGAGAAUUUUGACCUGUCAAGAAGACUGAGUGAGAACAAGAUUAUAUGUGAUGUUCUGCAGAGAGAGAAAGAGAGAAUGGAAAGAGAAAAUGAUCUCUUAAAGAAAGAGAACAGCAGAUUGCUGAGUUACAUGGGUCUGGAUUUUGACUCUUUGCCAUGUCAAGUGCCUACUUCAGAUCAAGGAGGUGCUGGACAAAAUCCAGGUCUUGUCUAUGGAAACCCAUAUUCUGGUAUUCAAGAAAGUUCUGCCCCUAGCCUGAAGAAGGAAAAGAAAAUGUCCCUUCCUGCUCCAAUUCAUGGAAGAACCAUUGGGAGAGUGGUUCAUUUUGAUAAUUCCAGAGGUCAAACUCCAAAGCUCUCCAUCAAGAAAUGCUUCACCUGCAAAUCAGACUUUGCUGAUGAAAUCUGUGAUCACACCUUGGAGCAGCAGCAAAUGCAGACCCUUUGUUUGAAUUGUCCAAUUUGUGACAAGACCUUCCCAGCAAGAGAGAAGCAGAUCUUUGAAGACCAUGUGUUCUGCCACUCUCUUUAAGCAUCCAAGCCUUUUGGAUCUAUGCUGUACAUAGUUUAGUAGAACAUACAGCUUCUACUAUGAGUUAAAUGAGUCAAGAUCCUUCCUAACCUGAAAUCAUUAGGGAUUUACUUAGCUCUGCUGCCUGUAAAGGUGGAGCCAUGUCCAUUAUCUACAAGAUGAUGUUAAGAGCUUCUGCCUCCAUUCUUGUGAGUGACUACCUAAGUCACAUAGCUCUAGCUGUAUCAGCCUCUCACUUAUGUGCCCAUUCUUCCUUGGGACCUCAGUACAAGGGCGCCAGGAUAGAGUUGACCUGCCUGAGUUGAUCUGCCAGAGUUGUUACUAAGUGAUUGUCUUCCAAGUUUUCCCAUUGCUAUUCAAGGUUAGGCCUCAAGUAUAUUUGUACUCAGUCUUUAGUUCUAACUCUGAGGGCCUCCUCCUCAGGCCUCUUUCUCCAACUGAUUGCAUUAAACUAACCCAAAAUUCAGAUGUCCAAUUGAAUGCUAGAGAUUUUUUUAACUCCCAAAAGAAACAUUUUGUUCCUGAAACAUGGACAGGAAAUACUACUUCAGUCUCAGAAAGACUUCUAUCUAUAUAACUGAUCGACAUUCCUGCUCUUUAAUCUUCCUGUGCACAUAACUUUUAUUGUUGCCCUUUUUUCUCUUUCUUUUAGGUACUGGAAUUGAAUGCAGGGGUGCUCUACCACUGAGCUAAGCCCCCAGCCCUUUUUAUUUUGAAACAGUUUCUUGCUGAGUUGCCCACGCUGGCCUUGAACUUGAAUUCUUCUGCCUCGUUCUCCUGAGUCACUGGGAUUACAGGCAUGCACCACCAUACCUGCUUUAUUAUUGUCUUUCUUUAGUUAGGAGUUGUUGGAAACUGUAGGUUUACAACUUUCUGAACAGUUGAGUUUGGAAUAUGAAUGUCAAAAUAAUGAGGCUACUAUUGUUAAUCCCCUCAAUACUAAGGGAUUUAGGUAAUUUAAAAUAAACCUUUAGUUUACAGUCUUAUUUUUAAGUUUUUGAGUUAAACAAAAGGAUAAUGGAAAACCCCACAAAUGAUUUCUCUUCACCUGUUUUAACUGUUCAGUGAGAGUGUCCUGGCAGCUAUGUUGCCGUGGGGAGGGAUGUGAUAAGCAUCAGUUUGAGAAAUCCGGGGCUCUGCCUUUUUGCUGUAACUUUCCAUGUGUUUUUUGAAAAGCAUUGUGGAUUUUGGCACCCUUUGUGGACUAAGCUCAAUGCCCUCCAUCCAGAUUUGCCUAAUUGAACUAUAAGAAAGCAAUUCCAUUUUCUCUCCCCUCGGGAACUGAACAAAUGGAAAUGACUCCCAGGCAGUCAACCAGCUGGUCACCAUAGAGACUUUUACAAAAACUUUUGAAUGAUGUGAAACAUGAUGUAAUGCAUAAGGUUGAGCCAACUCUACCUCUGCAUUCCUACUGGGGUUUUCCUGAUAUGAUUGGAGUUGUGCCCUAGACAAACUAUUGUCCUAAUCACAGCUACUUGCUUUUAUUUCUCCUUGAUAAAAUGAAAGUGAAGCUAUGCCACUUCCCUUGUAUCAUCAUUUCAGCAAGAAGUCUAUUGCACUCAUAAGCCUUUUGUCUCCUUAAGAAUCAGAUGUGAUGUGAACCCAGCCCCAGCUCCACAAUAAAAAUAUAAUGGGGAGAUGGAAAUUAAGGAGUUUUACUGGAGCAUACCCUUCCUCCCUGCAAAAUUUCUGAUGCUCCCCAGAUAGUUCCUGUGAAGAAUUGCAGUUUCAUUUAUUUUGUACUAGUCAGCUCUUAAUUAAGCACAUGAAUGGAGAGGAGCAGUGGUGCACAUAAUCCAAAUCAGUGAAUUAUCAUUUUCUGGUGAAUUACCCACCCUUUGCCCCUGCUACCCUGAGGGUUACCAUGAUUAUCAAUAGCAGCAGGAGCCCUUCCACAGGCUUGGUGAAAAAAAAAAAAAAAUGGUUGAGGUGAUAAUGAUCCUUUUUGCUGGGUGUAAAACAAAGCAUCUUUAACCACUGUUCAUUAUCCCCAGCUGCUCUUACCAAGGCUGUGAAGGGAAAUUAUGCUUCAGGCAGCUAGUAGUGGUAAAGGAAACAAUCAUUCUUACAUAAUCCACUGCCCAUCCCAGCCUUCCCGCUUUCCUCUGCUGUCCUCCCUCCCCCCCACAUUUUAUAGUUGUGGAAUACCUGUAAAAACAGCAAGAGGGUAUGAGAGCAAAUAGUAUUUAUACCUAAACUUAAUUUUUAAAAAAAAAAUCUUUCUAGUUAUUAUGGCAACAGGUUUUCCUUCCAAAUUCAUUGUUCCCCAGUCUAUUAUAAUAUUUUUGCAUUCCCUCAUCAUACUUACUUGAUGAACAGUGGAAAGUCACCUUGACACAUGUGAGUGUGAAAGAGUGGUAAAAGAAAGCUAGCCUAGAUCAGAAAGAGUUGGCAACAUAUUUAGUAAACCUAGGCCUAAAGAACACCUACAGCUUUUAACCCCUUUUCUCUGGUCUUGCUAAAAACUGGGAUGAAAUGUGACUGCCACAAUGUCACAUUUCAAAUAUGAUUUGAUUUUCUGCCAUGGCAGUGAGUUACACUAAGCUAAGCAUUAUCUAACCUGGUCUCCUAGCAACAAGUAUAGAUGAAAUAGGUUAGGGUAAAGAGGUGCAGCUCAUUUCCUAGGAAAGUAGCAAAGUGGACCCUAUUGGAGAUGAAACCCAAAGAGAUACUCACCUAGUUGCCCUAAGUAAACCAAGAAUAUCCCAUAAACUCAGGAAAGUUAUACUGACCCCCAUGCCCUCCUCAGCUGAUUUUAUAACUAUUCAUGUCUUUACAUUCAUAUAAUUUAUAGUUGACAAUGUAUUUCAUAUAUUCCCUGUGUACCUCUCAUAAUCUUCCUAGCCGUGCAGCUAUUAAUUUUCAUUUUUAUUGAUUAAUAAAUUGAAAUAUGGAGAAAUAAUUUGCCAAAAUUGGAAACAAGCCAGGCGUUGUGGUGCAUACCUAUAGUCCCAAUGACAGCGUAGGCUGAGGCAAGAGGAUAACAAGUUGAAGGUGAACCUAGCAAGGCCCUCAGCAGUUUAGUAAGACCCUAUCUCAGAAAGGCCUGGGGAUGUACUUCAGUGGUAGAGCAACCCUAGGUUUAGUUCCCAGUAUCAAAAGACAAACUCAAAUAUCCAUUGGCUGAUAAAAUGAUGAAUAGAAUAUGGUGUAUUUAAACAAUGGAAUAUUCUUUAGCAAUAAAAAGAAAUGAAAUACAGAUAUACACUACAACAUGAAUGAACCUUGAAAACAAGCUAAGCAAAAAAUGCCAGUCAUGUAAGAUUUCAUAUUGUAUAAUUUAUAUGAAAUGUCCAGAAUAGGCAAAUCUAUAGAAACAAAAUAGAUUAAUGGUAUCUUGGGGUUAGGGGGAAAUGGGGAGUGAUUACUACUAAUGGGUAUGGAGUUUUCUUUGGGAAUAAAGGAAAUGUAAAAUUGACAACUCUGAGUAUACCAAAAAACAUUGAAUUGUACAUUUUAAAUAGAUGUAUUUUAUGUUA